AUGGCAAGAAAUAAUUUAACAGAAGGUAGAGUACAAAUGGAAAUGUAUCAAGAACUGUUAUGUUCUCCCUCUUUGCCAGGCGGAUUACAACAGCAAUCAAUUUAUCUCGCAGUGGUAAAUGUAAUCUUCUCUCUCACUGCAAUUCUUGGAAAUUUUCUAAUCCUUGUUGCCCUUCGUAAACAAUCUUCCCUCCAUCCGCCAUCCAAACUUUUGUAUCGUUGUCUGGCAACAACUGAUCUGCUGGUUGGUCUCGUUAGUCAGCCUCUCUAUGCUAUUUAUUGGAUAUCCGUAGCUAACGAACACUGGAAUCUUUGUCGAUACACAAGGGACGCCGCCUACAUGACCGGCAAUGCAUUAUGUGGCGUAUCUUUGGGGACAAUGACGGCCAUAACCGUUGACAGACUUCUCGCCUUGUUGUUGGGGCUGAGAUACAAACAAACUGUUACUUUGAAGCGCACAAAUAUUAUUUUAGCUGCCAAUUGGGUUUUAUCUGGUGGUUCUGCUUUAUGCUACAUUUUAGAUUACCGCAUAACCCUAUGGUGUGGGUAUAUCUGUAUUCCAUCUGGUUUAGUGAUCUCAUUCAUCUCUUACACAAAGAUAUUUGGCACCCUCAUUCAUCAUCAGGCACAAGUGCAAGUUCAUGUUCAAUUACAGUCGACCCAACCAAAUUCACUGAACAUUUUGCAAUACAGAAAAGCGGUGUACAGUGCACUUUGGGUGCAGUUUGCAUUAGUUCUUUGUUAUAUACCAUUUAUCGUAGUUGAAAUCGUGAUUGUGGAGGCUAAUAAAAGAACAUUUUCAUCACAUUUACUCGUCACCAGAGGAAUAGCAGCAACCUUAAUUUUCUUCAACUCCACGUUAAACCCAUUCCUUUACUGCUGGAAGAUUAGUGAAGUGAGACAAGCAGUGAAGCAGACAAUCAGACAAGCACUUUGCUGUCCAUGGAGUUAG